AUGACAAUCCGAAGGACGCCCCCCCAAAAAACCCAACCCCCAGGACAGACCAACCCGGGGAAAACAGACCCAAAUCCCCCGAGGGAACGACCAACCCCGGGAGCAGCCCAAACCCGGAGAACAGCCCCAUCCCGGGAACAAAACCCCGGAGGAAAACAGCCAACCCCGGGGAACAGACCAACUGGGAAGGAGAGACCUACCCCGGGGGAAAGCCCAACCCCGGAGGAGCAGCCCACCCCCGGAGGAACAGACAACUCCGGAAAAUGCCAACCCCAUGGAACAGACCAACCCCCGGGGAAAGCCCAACCCGGGGAGGAACCCCAAAACUCCGGAGGACAACCAAUCCCAAAGGAACAGCCCAAUCCGGAGGAACAGACCAACCCCGGAGGAGCAACCUACCCCGAAGAACAGACCAACUCGGAGGAGCAGCCCUACCCCGGAGGAAACGACCAACUCCAAGGAGCAGACCUAUCCCGGGGGGAAAAACCCAAAUCCGGGGGGAGCGACCAACCCGGAAAAAGACCAACUCCGGAGGAGCAACCCAAACCCCGGGAGGAACAGACCAACCCGGGGGAGCAGACCCCACCCCGGGGGAACAGCCCAACUCCGGAGGAACAGCCCAAUCCCGGAGGAACAGACCAAUCCCGAGGAAAGACCAACUCCGGAGGAGCAGCCCAAUCCCGGGGCAGACCAACUCCGGAGGGCAGACCAAAAUCCCGGAGAACGCCCAACCCCGGGAGGAGCAGACCCAUCCCGGAGGAAAGCCCAAUCCCGGAAAAACAGCCCAAACCGGAGGAGAAACCCAAACCCCGGAGGAACGACAAUCCGGGUGGACCCCCCAAUCCCGGGGGAAAACCAACCCGAGGAACGACCAAUCCCGGAGGAACAAAAACCAACCCCGAGGAGCAACCAAAAUCCCCGGAGGAACAGACAACUCCGGGGGAGCAACCAAUCCGGGGGAACGCCCAACUCGGUGGAGCAGCCCAACCGGGGGAACAGACCCACCCCGAAGGAAAACAACCAACUCCGGGGGAAAUACCAAUUCGUGGAGCAGCCAAUCCGGAGGAAUAG